UCAGUGGCCAAUGUAAUGGACACGAUAAUUUUGUGAACAAAUGAUACGAAAAUGUGAUCAUAUUUUGGGGUCUCCUUUGACUAAAACACAUUCAAUGCAUUGAAAACAUGUUUUGUUUGCUUAAAGUAAUCACAACAUAACAGCAUUAAGAGUGUGUGUCUAUAUCCUGUUUCACUCAUUAUCCUAUCCUUGCCCCCCUACCCAUUCUCAAAAUAUACCCCAGUUAUCCAAUUCGGGUUUGUCACUCUCUUUGUGGCAUCAUUUCCACUUGCGCCAUUGCUCGCACUGCUCAACAACAUCAUCGAAGUGCGGGUCGACGCGUGGAAGCUCGUAACAAAGAUGAGGAGGCCUGUGGUUUCGCGAGCAAGAGGAAUUGGAGCCUGGGCCGACAUUCUGAGUAUUGUUGCCACCCUCUCUGUAAUCACAAAUGUAAGUCACCAGAUUGUCCGCUCGCUUUCUCGCUCAGUAUCCCAUCUUAUGAGAGACAUAACAUGUCAUGUUAGCCGUGUGGGUUCUUUUUAGCAUACUUCACCAUUCUGGUCAUGGCAGGUUUGAGAAGAGGUGUAGUGGGGGACCAGGAGCGGUUCGGGUAUCACUCGUCACUGAUGUUAGUCGUAGCUGGAAGUCAAUUGCAUGUGUGCUGAAUUCAAAGUGCAGUGCACGAAUCACUGCACCACCGCUCCUAUCCACUCUCUCCCAAAAUCGCAAAAGGUAAAGCCUUGCAAUUGCUUGCUCAUGUCACUGCUGGCAGAAGGGCCUCAACUAAAGGUAGCUCUAGAGAACCCCUCUACACGGUAUUUGGCCUACUCUUCCAUGAUUACCAGACAUGUUGUAAGAUGUGGAAUUACCUGCGCUAAAACAGUGAUGAACCCAUUUAUAUUGCUAAUUGGACAGAGGUGGGGGAGAUUUAAGAAAAUUAUCCAUUGCUUCAACUGUUGUGUCAGGAGACUGAACUGACGACUGCCAGAUUGCAAGUCUUUAUAUGGUAACCAUUACACUCUGGCAGCAACCCCCCAAAUUGUAUUUGUGAAAAUUAAUGUAAUUGCCAAGGUGAGAUGUUCAGAAGCCUUGGUCAAAUUAUUGCAUGCUAAGUGACCGCUAUUGCUGUGCCUCCGUAUGCUAAUUCCACGGUCAUGCAUCUUGGCGUUCACAACGGACAUCAUCCCACGCCUGGUGUAUUAUUAUGGAUACUCAGCAGAGUAUGGCACAGGUUCGCCUACAAUGCAUGGGUACACGGAGGACAGCCUUUCAAUUUUCAAGAUCAGCGACUUCAAGGAGCAAAAUCAUCCCAACAUCCUGCCAGCCUGGUUUGAUCCGGCAAUCCACACAACCUGCAGGUAUCCAGGUUAUCGCUACCCGCCGGAUCAUCCCCAAGCCUACUCCGUCACCAAGCAGUACUGGCAAGUACUGACGGCAAAGCUGGCCUUCGUCAUUGCCAUGCAGCACGUGGUGUUACUCACGAAGGCCUGCAUUGCAUACAUCAUCCCGGACACGCCAUCCCAUGUGCGCGCCUGCAUGCGCCGCGAGCGCUUCGUCGUACAGACGAUUCUGCAGCAGGCAGAGCUGGGCCAUCUCGGUAACACCCUCCUCACCGAUGCCCCCAGCUCACCGCCAUCGCCUCAAUUCCACGUUGAGGAUGAGCAGGCAGAGAUGGGCCUGCUUCACUGCUCGCUGCAUAAGCAGUCUCCUGGCGUAUCGCACCCACCCCAGCGGUGCCACAUGGAGAAUGAGCAGGCAGAGAAGACUGGUGAUGACUCACUGCUGAAGGGAACCGAGGAGGAAUCAAGCAGCGAGGAUUCGUCAACUGUCUUCUACAGUGUAUAAUUCUACUCUGACUUUUAAAGGAGGCUGCUAUCCUAACUCUGUUUGCAUAUACAGAUAGUCGAGGACUAUCUGUAUAUAUAUUUAUAAAUAGUUUAUGAUUUAACAUGUCUCAAUCAUCUCAUGUCUUUUCAUACGAAUCACGAUGUGAAUGAGGAAAACUAGAAAUUAUUGUUAUUUUGUAUAUAUUUUUAAUUUUGGUUUAACACGUAGGCUUUCGGGU